GCCCUAAAUCCCUAAACCCCCAAAAUCACCUCGAGUCUCGACCAAAAUCUCUCUUUCCCAGCCGGCAAAUCUGUUCGCCGCCGACCCAGUUGCGAUCUGUUGCCGCCGAACCAGUUGCGAUUCGAUUGCGCAUCCAUCUUGGUAAUCCAAUUGCCGAGGGCUCUUUCUAAUCCUCCUUCAGUUCUUAUAUAUUAUCCCCGCAAUUGCCAGUUAGGGUUUAAUUCUGGUGUUGCCCUCACCGCUUGCUUUCAAUUGUGACUGCUUCGGUCUAGAAUUGAUUGGUGCUGCUCUGUUCUGCUCUCCGCUGCAAUUUUUUUUUGUUUUAAGUGUCACAUUGGUUUUAGUGGCAGCGUCUGUCUUUUUGUUCAUAGACAUCUAGAGAAUUCCCUGUACUAGCUAGCUAAAAGUUGAUUGAUUCUAUUCAGGUUGGAAGAUAGAAGGAGUAAAUGGAGAAAGCUAGGGUAACGUUGUACAGCGUGAUCGAAGAUUAGCUUGCCUAGUAAUUAAUGUAUGUAACUCUGACCUAUUCCUGUUUGGAUUUAGCUUUCGAAUUCGAUUCGAUUUGGGAAUCCCAAACCAAGCUCUUGUAGUGAUGUUAUUACAUAUAUACAGGUCAGACACCAUCCUCGUCGAGAAUCGAAAUUUUCUGGGCAGCCGAUGGUUGAGCUGGAUGAUCUUCCGGACCCCAUUCUGGAGCACACCCUGUCAUACGUGGGCGACAUCAAAUCGUUGGUCCGAACCAGCCUCAUCUCCAGGCGAUGGAGGACGCUGUGGGCAGGUGCCCCGGUCCCGUCUGUCCUCGAGCUGUCUGACAGCGUACUGCACUCCUGCACUACGGGACCCUACCGCGAUUCCACAUGGGAUGUUGUUACAUCUAUCCUCUCCAGGCCCCGCCGCAGCGAUGCUGCUCUAGAGAUUAACCUGGAGUACUUCAGGGAGGAAGGUAAGCAGCACCACACCUUCCUGGGUGUCCUUAUUGCUUGCGCCACCUGUGGCCAACCUCCUCCUGAGGGCCUGUCGAUCAGCCACCCGGGCACCGCCCUUGACGACAUAUACGAUUUCUCUGAUCCGCUUUGGUCGAUCACUAGGUCUUGUCGCUACCGUGCCAUUAAGGAGUCCCUCAGGACUCUAAAGCUAGAGCGAACGAAAACCGAGAUUGACGACUUCCUGGAUUUCAGUCAGCUCACCAGGCUGGAAUUGGUGGAAUGCCGGAUAUCCUUCUGUUUUGGUCUGCAUGCUUUUGCACGCCUCCCAAGUUUGAAACACUUGAAACUCAUCGACUGCUUAUCGAAAGUCUCGUCGUUGCCCCUCGAAGUGAUUGCCCCGCAGCUGUUGAGCCUGGAGGUUGGGAUUCUGGAACCGAACAUUCGAAUUUUUCCCAAAGAGAAAAGUUUCCUCGGCAGGCUCCAGCUUGCUCAGCUGUCGGCUCCGAGACUAGAGAAUCUGCAAUUUUGUGGCCGCCUUCAUGACUUGUCCCAUGUGCUGCUUGGUGAGCUUAGCUUUCCCCGUCUUGAACACGCCACUGUUCGCGUCAUUUGGGUAGACCCGAUCGACCAGCUGGGGGUACUGGGCAGUGCAUUCAGAGACGUGCUGCUUCCGAGCCUGCGUAAUGCAAGCUCUCUCGAUCUUUGUUUUGAAGUUGAAAAGAAGCAGUCGUCAGAGGAGUUGAAACAGUGGAAACAACUCCACUUCCCUUUCAUUGCACUCAAGUCGUGGAUCAAGUGUCGAGGAUCUCCUUUUACCAAAUUGAAGACCCUAAGGAUCCAGCGUCAAGAACCAGCAUCGAGCAAUCAUGAUAGAUCGGUAGUUACUGCUUUGAAUUAGCUGGGUUCUCGAUCAUACCGCCCGUUCUUUGUACCAACAUAACAAUAUCGUUAUAUGAGCUAGCUAGGGCUUUAGUUGGAUGGUCGUCCUCUACUUAUUAUAAAGCUUAUUAGUUAUUAGUGUAUAUGUUGAAAGUUGUUCACUGUUCUUGUUCUUAGUAAAUUAAAGCCUACUACGAAUUUUCGGAUAUCUGGCGGCUGGAACAGUACGGUGCUGAGGAUUCCUGGAGCAGACUCUACUCGGUUCCACAUCCAGGAAAAAGUGUAGGGUGGUUUUCUUCAUAGUCAAAACAAGGAAGGUUUUUGGUGAAAGGAAAAAGAACCAAACUAGCAAAGCUCUGCAAGCUAAAACUGCUCAAGGUAUGUCUGAAGGUUUCUCAACGGCAGAGUAAUUGCAAGUUUAGAUGAAAGUAGUACACCAUGGUAUGGUAGUAUCACCUUAGUUCAGCAAUGGUAAAUUCUCAAGUUGCCAAGGUGGAUAAUGUUUUACCAAAAAAAUACUUAUUGACCUAUUUAUGGAGUUGUCCCUCUCUCUUCAUUUAAUAUUUAAUUAUCUUUUAUCCAAUAAUUACUUUGCUUUUGUUUUUGCAUUAUAUCUAUAAAUAAUAUAUGGAGAGAAAGGUUAUCAAACUGGUUUAGCAAGUGGAAUGAUUUCACCAGUGGUACAAUCGGUUUGUGUCGUUUCAUGCCGGUCAAUAAAAUAUGUAGAAAUAUAAAAAAUCAUUAAUAUCAAAUGAAUUGAAUCAUAUAUAAACUAUAUUUGAAGACAAUUUACGUGCAAUUCAUAUUGAUAUUUGAAUAAAAUAUGAUAUUUCAAAUAAAAUUACAUGUACUCAUACUUAAAUUCACUAAAACUACAUAUUUUACUAAGGAAUUCGUAAAACGAUCAUACCGGAUUACCGGUCAUACCGAUGGUGUCAUGUCGAUUUCAUGACCGGUACCGGUUGAAUGGGUCGAGAGAGAGUUAGAUUUCUUCUUUACUGUUGCUUCAUUAUUUUUACUACUAGUAUCAAUACCCGGCCCGUUGGCCGAAGAAUUUCAUUUUAUUAUUUAUAUUAACUAAUUUAUCUAUAUGUUUAAAUAUUUUUUUGUCUUAAUAGUUAAUAGUUAGCACACUCGCUUAUGAUGGUUUGAUUCUCUAAUCAUAAAUCAUGUCGUGAAAGUCUAUCACGUCCCGUUUAGGAUCUUAUAUCAAGAUUUAUCAUUCAAGACACUCAAAUUUAUUAUCUUAUACUACAUAUACCAAUUCGUGAUUCUUGAGUUUGGACGAACUCUCAACCUUUUGAUGAGAGUUCAAAUUAUUGGAUAAAGAUACUUUUUUUUUACAUCAGGAUAAAGAUACUUGAUUACA